ACUCAAAUAAAUACGAUGAAUGCAAUAUCAGUGAAAGCUGGGUAUGAGCCCGCCAACAAAGAAAGCAACAAUGGCCGGGUUUCCGGCGGCGCAAGUGUAACCUUCAACGCCGGCGACUUUAAGCUACGUGCUUCUAUGACUGAUGCUACUGUAGUCAAUGCUUCAAGCUUAAACGGCUUAGCUUUAGCUAUCGAAAAACCUGACUCAUUUAUUUUAGGCUACAAGGUCUCCGAAAAAGAAUCCAAACCCCAAAAGGUGCCGUUAAUAUCUUAUUCAUUUGACUUCAGCUUUCAAUUUAUGAACUCAAUUAAGGUUAUGGAGAAGCCGUUGAAUUUGAAGUACACUCACAAUAAGCCCCUUCACAAUAUAGGAGAUAGCAAAACAAUAUUGGAUGGGACAUUAGUGUUUAAUUCUGCAAACAAUGUGUCGGCCAAUCAUGAGCUAGGUUCGGGAGAUUGUAAACUGAAGUACAGUUAUGUUCAUGGAGGACUCACUACUCUCGAGCCGAGCUAUGAUACGAAAAAUAAAUCUUGGGAUUUGGCAGUGUCACGUAAAGUUUAUGGGGAUCAUGUAUGCAAGGCCACGUAUCAGAUGAAGAGUAAUGUUUUGGGGCUUGAAUGGUCGAGCACUUCUAAGCUAGAUGGAUCUUUUAAGGUUUCUGCAUCUCUCAGUUUGGCUGAUAAGACACUUCCAAAGUUAGCUGCGGAGAGUUCGUUGAACUUUGACAUAUGAUUUUCUGCAAUUAUUGACUUCAUAUGAUGGUUGUAAUAACUAGUGAACCUGUUUAGUGUUUCAUGACAACUCAAAAAUUUAUGGUCAACAUUUGCCAGUACAUUAUACUCCAGAACUUUAGAUUUCUUUGUUGUUUAAUGCCUUGAGUAUUCAACAAUGAUUCACAUGAAAUUGUUCUGCCCCUUCUCCUUUCCUGUUGCA